CCGCUCCAUGGUGUGUGCACGCUAAUCAACAUCCCACAUCGCAGCUUUUCCUCAUUCCCGUCCCUCGUCUCGUUCUCUCUCUCUCUCUCUCUCUCAAUAAUUCUUCCACAAAAGCUCUCUCUCUCUCUCUCUCUCUCUCUCUGGCGUUGGUUGAGAUUAGGGCAAAUUAGAUAGUUGAAAAGCAUGCAUUUUUUGGUGUGGUAUUGCUGAUUUUUGAAGCGAAGAUCGAACAUAGCGGUGGAUGGAUCCGUUGAUUGAAGCGUGUCUCUGAAUUUGACGUUGGAAGCCUGUAAUGGACUCGAUCUGGACUAAAAAUAGCGUCCCAAGCCCUUGGGAUUUUUCGUUGGUGUUAUACUUCGCUUUUGGCUUCGUCGCCGCCAGGUUCUUCCUUGAUAGAUUCAUCUUUCGCAGGCUGGCCAUUUGGUUGUUGUGCAACGGUGCCAUCCCAUUAAAGAUUAAUGAAGCUACACGGGCAAAGAUGGUAAAAUGCUCAGAGUCUAUGUGGAAGUUGACAUACUAUGCCACUGUUGAAGCAUGUGUUCUAACAAUUACAUACCACGAAUCAUGGUUUAAAGAUACAAAAGGAUACUUUAGAGGCUGGCCAAAUCAAGAGUUGAAGCUUCCGUUAAAGCUUUUCUAUAUGUGCCAGUGUGGGUUCUAUGUCUACAGCAUUGUUGCCCUUCUUACAUGGGAAACUCGGAGGAAAGAUUUUGCUGUGAUGAUGUCUCAUCAUGUGGUCACAGUUAUUUUGAUUGGGUAUUCAUAUAUUGCAAGCUUCUUCCGGAUUGGCUCAAUUAUCCUCGCACUGCAUGAUGCAAGUGAUGUAUUUUUGGAAGCUGCUAAAGUUUUCAAAUAUUCUGAGAAGGAGCUGGGAGCGAGUGUGUUCUUUGGAUUAUUUGCUAUUUCAUGGCUGAUACUAAGGCUGAUAGUCUUCCCAUUUUGGGUUAUAAAUUCAUCAAGCUAUCACAUUUGUGAGUUUUUGAGGUGUUCGGAGGCAUAUCCCAUGUCAAUAUACUAUGUCUUCAACACUAUGUUAUUGACCCUACUUGUGUUCCACAUAUACUGGUGGGUUCUUAUAUGCUCGAUGAUCACGAGGCAGCUGAAAAAUAGGGGGAAAGUUGGAGAAGAUAUACGAUCUGCGAAGAAGAAAGAGGAAGAAAAAUCGAAGAAGUGGAACUCACAAGCGAAGAAAGAGCUUCGUCGACGACUCGUAGUGUUGUAAAAUGAGGUCUCUUCUUCGAAUGAUUUAGGGUUUUCUUCGAUGGAGAGCAAAGUUGAAGAAGAAAGAGCUUCGCCAAAAGAGAAAGAAGAAUCGAAGAGGAACUCACCAGCGAAGAAGAAAGAGGAAGAAAAAUCGAAGAAGAAGAGGAACUCACCAGAAUAUUGAGCUUCGUUGACGAUCAGCAGUGUCAUCUUUGAUGGAAAGCAAAUUCAACAGCUUUGUUCUUUGAAUGGAAGUCGACUUGACUCUUUUGAACCUCUGGUUCUUGGAAUAAUUUAGGGUUUUCUUCAAAUGAUGAUAGUUUUUAUGUUUUUUAUUAUUACUAAACACCCCAUAUUUGUUUAAUUUUUCAAAAUGGGCAAAAAUAUUUGCUGCGGUGCCCCUAAAAAAUUCUGAAAAUUUUGUUUUGACCCUGGCAUACCCAACCGCAUACCAAUGGAGUACCCAAGGCAUACCAGAUAUAUACAGGUCGUAUAAAAUGUACCGGAUAUGUUUUUUCCGUACCCGGUAUGCGUGCAGCCGUACCCGUACCCGGUAAGUACCUGGUACUUGUACGGCAACAUUUUUGGAGUACCCAUGCUUCAUAGAUUGAAUUUACACGAAAAUUCUGUGAAAUACCCUUUCCCCCUGCACUUGUGUUGAUCACAUGAAGGAAAAUGGAACAAGGGGAAAAAACAAGGGAAAUAAAAAUGUAAUUUGUCACCACAAUGAACUUUUUUUUGAUUAGAAAAUAUUACAAAGCUCUUAUCCGUUGAGAUUUCAUUGGCAAAACUUAGUCCUGGCUUUUUAAGGUUUUAUUAUAAUUCAUCAUGUAAACCAAUUGAAUGGAAACUGGCCAAUCAAAACGAUAUCCUAUGGGUCUCUUCUUUUUGUUGCUUGUGUUCAAUUUAAUUGCAUUCUUUUUCAUUUAUCAUCUGUUCAUUUUAAUUGCAUUGUUUUUCAUCUGUGGUCUUUUUUUAUUGUUCUGUUAAA